AUAGUUCACCAUCACAUCCUUUAAUAGACCUAUCAAUCUAACAAAUAUAAAAAUGAAAAAGAAAUUAAGAACAUUGCUGUGGUAUGCUUUUUUUUAGCAUACAACUGUUGUAGACUGAAAUACACCUAGACAGCUGGCAAGAUUGUUGUAAAUGUUGCAACAAUAUUGCCUAUGAUUUAAUUCACAGUUUAUUUGAGAUCACACAUACAGUGCAAUUUAAAAUAUUCAUUUAUUGCAAAUGCAGGGCCAAGCAAAUUUUAUUGAUUGAUUUCAGUUAUAUAAAAUAGCCUACGCCCUUCUAGGCUUGAAGCCUUCUACUUCCUUUAUUCACUUUCCAUCUAAAGAAGGGUGUCUAUGGGACAACAACGAAGUACCCCUAGGCCAGCAGAGGGUCUUGAUCCAAUGCUUGUUACUCCUGAAGUUACAAGGAUUGCUGAAAAGAUGAAGAAAGAUGCUGAAUGGAAGCUUGAGAUAAAGCAAGGCUACACUACCUAUGCUCCUUUGUCCUAUAUAAAGAAAGGAAAAACUGACUAUUGUAUAAGAGUUAAGGUUGAUGACGAUCAGUUAAUAGAUGUCUGUGGUCAAUAUUUAUAUACUGGUUCUGUCAUGAGAGUGAAAGCAAAGCAUGUUACUCAUUAUGAUGAUCAGAUAUUCUUCUAACUUGAAUCUGCCCAUGCAGUUUAUGUAUAACAAUAGCUAUAUCCAUGGUUUUUUUAUUUUUAGUAUUUUUAUCAAUAUUUUCAAGAAAUGCUAUAUAUGAACACAAAAAAAUAUAUUUAUGAUAUAACACUUAAAAAAUAAUAAUAAAUUGAUAAUAUCAUUUAGUGCUAA